GCGGAAGCUGCAGGCACCGCUGACAAAGAGAGCGAAAUGAAAGGCAGCAGCAGUGAAACAAGCAGCAUCCCUCCAGCACAGAUAAAGAGAUAGAGACGCAGGAUAGAGAAGAGAUAGAGAUCAACGAGACGGACGGAGAAGACUCCCGAGAGUUCCCGGGACGGGGCUUGCACAGAGAGUCAGACAGAGAAAGAAAUAUAUUUUGAAUACCUCUUGGCAUGUGAGUGUGUCCCUUGACGCUUGGCGCUGUGUGCAGUUGUAACGAGUGUGUGCGGGGAAGAGUUGUCCUGGCGACAUCAGGACAUUUUGGUACGGGAAUGUGGUGCAGCUAAGCCAGGUUGACCAGGAAGGAAGGAACACCUAUCAGCAUGCUGGGGAAGGAUUACAUGCUCGCCAUCAUCAUAGUCAAUUAUGACGACAACAUCUGGAACGACCCGAGUCUUGAUCUGGACACUGACCUGCCGUCAGGGUGGCGCACCAUCCGGGACAGCACUGGCACCUACUACUGGCACGUGCCUACAGGCACCACACAAUGGCAGCACCCAUCCUACAGCAAUGAGGAGGACCAGAGCGCCGUCAAUGGCGUCACUGCCACCGACCUCAAGAGCCUGGAGGCUGGUGGCAGACGUGGCUCAAGGGCAAGGCUGACAGAGAGCCCAGUGGCCUCCGUAAAUGACAGGAUCUCCUGGCAGGACGAUUAUUUCUGCACCAACAUGGAUCCUGACUCCAAGUGUUUUGCGGUGCGCUCACUGGGCUGGGUGGAGAUCCCAGAGGAGGAGCUGACCCCGGGGAAGAGCAGUCUGGCUGUCAAUAACUGCAUCCAGCAGCUGUCCAGCAGCAAGGCUGAGGGCCGCGAUGCACUAGGCGCCUGGGGAGAGGGCCAGGACAUGAUGAUGGUGCUGAAGAAGGACACCCUUAGCCUGAUGGACCCAGUGGACCGCAGCCUUAUCCACUGCCAACCUAUCAUCAACAUCCGUGUGUGGGGCGUGGGAUGCAACAACGGCAGAGACUUUGCCUUUGUGGCCAGUGACAAAGACACCUGUAUGCUGAAGUGCCAUGUGUUUCGCUGCAACGCCCCAGCAAAAACCAUCGCCACGGCUUUGCAUGAAAUGUGCUCGAAGAUCAUGGCAGAGAAGACGACUAGAAGCCCAUCUAUGGCCCGCUCCCUCACCAUGGAGAACAUCUCCCCCGAGGACCUGCCACGUCAAGUGGACUUCCUGGAUGCAAUGAGGAAAAGGGUGCAGAAGUUUGAGGUGCAGUACAUUGGAAACCUGCCUGUCUCCAGGGCGAUGGGUAGGUUUACUGUAUUCUAAUCUCACCAUAUUGAUUUAUUACACUGGCAAAAUACCAUCAAACUUGUCAUCUAAUUGAACUAGAUUUUUUUUAAACGAGCCAAUGUUCCCUUUCCUGUAACAACCUUGAGAGUCAACAGGGGAAGAGGAUCUGUAAUAUCUCAUCACCAGAUAUAAAGGAUUAGACCGCAGCCAGGAGUCACAGGCAUGUUUAAAAUUUGGGCCGGAUAAUGGGACAGAGGACAUCGUCUCUUUAUCCUCAGCAAAUACGCCGAGUCACGUCUCAUGGCUAGGUAACUCUCAGGUUCACUGUCUAUUUGGCUGUCCCCGGGCGAGGCGUCGUCUCGCAGUAUGUAACACGGCACUCUUUCAGAAAAUGGAUUAUUGAUUACAGGCUCCAAAACGGUAGCAUCCAUCGAGGUGUUGUUAGCUGGAUCAGCUGACUAACUGACAUAAACGCCCAGUCCCAGAUGCUUUAUGUCGGAGAUAUUAAUAGCAGAUUAAACUGACUCAGUGGAGAUAGAAGGGAUCCCCAGAGUUAGCCAUCCCUGAUACCGGGUCUGGUAGCUCGUACGUCUGUAGGUUAACAAGUAAGGUACUGUGGAACGUUGUGCAAGAGGGCUUUAUGUACAAAAAGAGUGCAAUGCAGCGAUCUAUGAGACUUCUGAGAGGGCCAGUCUACUUUCUGAUACAGAAAGCAGUAAUGUGUACUAAACCUGUUGCCUGUCAUAAACUGCGUUCAAUGGCUUCAAUACAGUGGCAGCUGCAUGCAUAUAAACAAUAUCGCCAUAGUCUAGAACCGCUAUGAAUGUCGACUGAAUGAUUUGCUUUCUGCUAUUUAACGAAAGGCAUGGCCUAUUCCUAUAAAAGAAAGCCCAUUAAGAUGCCCAAAUAUUUAAAAGGCGGCCCACGAUCAAUGUGGGCACCAUCCAAUGUAUAAAGUGCCUUGCGAAAGUAU